CCCCCGCCGCCCGUCCACCGCCCCCGAAGCCCGUCCGCGGCCCCCGCCCAGGCCCCCAUGUCGGCCGCGCCCGCCUACAGCGAAGACAAGGGCGGCUCUGCCGGCCCCGGGGAGCCCGAGUACGGCCACGACCCCGCGAGCGGCGGCAUCUUCUCCUCCGACUACAAGCGGCAUGACGACCUGAAGGAGAUGCUGGACACCAACAAGGACUCCCUCAAGCUGGAGGCCAUGAAGAGGAUUGUGGCGAUGAUCGCCCGAGGGAAGAAUGCGUCAGACCUGUUUCCUGCCGUGGUGAAGAACGUGGCCUGUAAGAACAUAGAGGUGAAGAAGCUCGUGUACGUGUACCUGGUGCGCUACGCCGAGGAGCAGCAAGACCUGGCCCUGCUGUCCAUCUCCACCUUCCAACGUGGCCUAAAGGACCCCAACCAGCUGAUUCGUGCCAGUGCCCUCCGCGUCCUCUCUAGCAUCCGCGUGCCCAUCAUAGUGCCCAUCAUGAUGCUAGCCAUCAAGGAAGCCGCCUCGGACAUGUCACCCUAUGUGCGGAAAACAGCUGCCCAUGCCAUCCCUAAACUCUACAGUUUGGACUCUGACCAGAAGGACCAGCUGAUAGAAGUCAUUGAGAAGCUUCUGGCGGACAAGACCACGCUGGUGGCGGGCAGUGUGGUGAUGGCCUUCGAGGAGGUUUGCCCAGAGCGCAUCGAUCUGAUACACAAAAACUACCGGAAACUGUGCAACCUGCUCAUCGACGUGGAGGAGUGGGGCCAGGUGGUCAUCAUCAGCAUGCUCACGCGCUACGCCCGCACGCAGUUCCUGAGCCCCACCCAGAACGAAUCCCUGCUGGAGGAGAACCCGGAGAAAGCCUUCUACGGCUCGGAGGAGGACGAGGCCAAGGGUGCGGGGUCGGAGGACGCGCCGGCCUCGACCCUGCCCACCCGGAAGCCCUACGUCAUGGACCCGGACCACCGGCUGCUGCUGCGCAACACGAAGCCGCUGCUGCAGAGCCGCAGCGCCGCCGUGGUCAUGGCGGUGGCGCAGCUCUACUUCCACCUGGCGCCCAAGGCGGAGGUGGGCGUCAUCGCCAAGGCGCUCGUGCGCCUGCUGCGCAGCCACAGUGAGGUGCAGUAUGUCGUGCUGCAGAACGUGGCCACCAUGUCCAUCAAGCGCCGGGGUAUGUUUGAGCCCUACCUGAAGAGCUUCUACAUCAGGUCCACCGACCCCACCCAGAUCAAGAUCCUGAAGCUGGAGGUGCUGACCAACCUGGCCAAUGAGACCAACAUUCCUACUGUCCUCCGGGAAUUCCAGACCUACAUUCGAAGCAUGGACAAGGACUUUGUGGCAGCCACAAUCCAGGCCAUUGGACGCUGUGCAACUAACAUCGGCCGAGUCCGUGACACCUGCCUCAAUGGCCUGGUGCAGCUGCUGUCCAACCGCGAUGAGCUUGUGGUCGCAGAGUCAGUGGUUGUCAUUAAGAAGCUGCUGCAGAUGCAGCCGGCACAACAUGGAGAGAUCAUCAAACACUUGGCAAAGCUCACAGACAACAUCCAGGUGCCCAUGGCCCGAGCCAGCAUCCUGUGGCUCAUUGGGGAAUACUGUGAGCAUGUCCCUAGGAUUGCACCUGAUGUCCUGAGAAAAAUGGCCAAGUCAUUCACAGCAGAAGAGGAUAUUGUCAAGCUGCAGAUCAUCAACCUAGCAGCCAAGCUCUACCUGACCAACUCCAAACAGACCAAGCUGCUGACCCAGUAUGUGCUGAGUCUGGCCAAGUACGACCAGAACUACGAUAUCCGCGACCGAGCACGCUUCACCCGGCAGCUCAUUGUCCCUUCGGAGCAGGGCGGGGCCCUCAGCCGCCAUGCCAAGAAGCUCUUCCUGGCACCCAAACCAGCCCCAGUCUUGGAGUCAUCCUUCAAAGACCGGGACCACUUCCAGCUGGGCUCGCUGUCCCACUUGCUCAAUGCCAAGGCCACAGGCUACCAGGAGCUCCCGGACUGGCCAGAGGAAGCCCCAGACCCAUCCGUGCGCAACGUGGAGGAAGAAGAUCUCUCCCUUAUUGAGACCCACGUGGGCCUGCUGGGCGAACACACUGAGGUACCCGAGUGGACCAAGUGCUCAAGUCGGGAGAAGAGGAAGGAGAAGGAAAAACCCUUCUACUCAGACUCUGAGGGGGAGUCAGGCCCCACGGAGUCUGCAGACAGCGAACCCGAGUCUGACAGUGAGUCGGACAGUAAGAGCAGCAGCGACAGCGGCUCUGGGGAGUCGAGCAGUGAGUCUGACAAUGAAGAUGAGGAUGAGGAUGAGGAGAAAGGGAGAGGCAGCGAGAGCGAACAGAGUGAGGAGGAAGGUGAAAAGAGGAAGACGAAGAAGAGGAAGAAGGUGCCAGAGGGACAAGGAGAAGGCUCGUCCUCAGAUGAGGGCAGCGAUUCCAGCAGUAGCUCGUCAGAGUCGGAGAUGACGUCGGAGUCUGAGGACGAGCAGGUGGAGCCUGCCUCCCGGAGGGGGAAAGCACCUCCCAGCAGCAAAAGUGCCCCUGCAGCCAAGGAGAUCUCCCUGCUUGAUCUAGAGGACUUCACCCCUCCCAGUGUCCAGCCUGUGUCUCCCCCCACGGUUGUGUCCAGCAGUCUGGCUGCUGACCUGGAGGGCCUGACGCUCACAGACUCUUCUCUGGUGCCCUCGCUGCUGAGUCCAGUGUCGAGUGCUGGGCGGCAGGAGCUGUUGCACCGCGUAGCGGGCGAGGGGCUGGCUGUGGACUAUGCCUUCAGCCGCCAGCCUUUCUCCGGGGACCCCCACAUGGUGUCUGUGCACAUCUACUUCUCCAACAACUCUGAUACCCCCAUCAAGGGCCUGCACAUGGGCACCCCCAAACUGCCUGCUGGCAUCAGCAUCCAGGAAUUUCCGGAAAUCGAGUCCCUGGCACCUGGAGAAGCUGCCACUGCUGUAAUGGGCAUUAAUUUCUGUGACUCAACCCAGGCAGCCAACUUCCAGCUGUGCACCCAGAACCGACAGUUCUACGUCUCCAUUCAGCCGCCGGUGGGGGAGCUGAUGGCCCCCGUGUUCAUGAGUGAGAACGAGUUCAAGAAGGAGCAGGGAAAGCUGAUGGGCAUGAACGAGAUCACAGAGAAGCUCACACUUCCAGACACCUGUCGGAGUGACCACAUCGUGGUACAGAAAGUGACUGCCACUGCCAACCUGGGCCGUGUCCCUUGUGGGACAUCCAAUGAGUACAGGUUUGCAGGGCGGACGCUGACCAGCGGGAGUCUGGUCCUGCUGACCCUGGACGCCCGGCCAGCUGGAGCUGCCCAGCUGACCGUCAACAGUGAGAAAAUGGUGAUUGGCACCAUGCUGGUGAAGGAUGUGACACAGGCUCUGACCCAGUGACUCCCAAGUGCUGCGACCUCUUUGGCUCCCACCCCUGCCUCCCCCAUGACAUCUGGGCUAUCAGUCCCUCUCACUUAUCUCUCUCUCUCUCAUCAGCCUGCUCAUGCCAGAUAGCAUCCAGGGGUCCUCCCUCCCUCCCUCUGGUCAUUGCCAGGCCCCUCCCCAUGAGUUCCUUGGUGACCUGUGCAGAGGGAGAUGGCAGCUGCUCCCUUCAGACCUCCCAGCUUUCUGCAGCUAUUCACGUAGCAAAGCCUCAAUAAAAUGCCUUCUC